UGCUCUCUUCCCGCUCUCGUCGUCACUCUUGCGUGAAAUUGAAGUGCUCUCUCUCUCUCUCCGCGCUGCAUUUCUUUCUGCUGCUGGUGCUCGGCAGUUCUCUCUUGCCACUACCGACGAUCUCCGCCCGCCCUGCAACUUCUCCCGCCUGUGCAGCCGCCUUAAGUUUGUUGAUCCUCGUUUUUCAUUUCCGAAACUGAAGGAUUUUUGGCCUAGGGUUUUGAAGCGUCUCGGAGGCGCCUGAGGUGUUUGGGAAACGUUAGCUUCGGAAGAGUGUCUAUUACAAUUCUCAUUCAUGAACACCUAUCUGUAGCUGAAUAUUUAAGACAUCAGAGUUAGAAAUAAGAUUAAAAUUCUCAUUCAUGCACACCUAUCGCAACCUUAGAUACGUUCUCUACUUCUCGAAGAAUCAUCUCCUUCCAUCCUCUUGCCAAACCCAAAAGACACCCCAUCUCUACAUACAAACAGCCAGCUAUGUAGAUGUCUAUAUGAAAUGGAAGAGGGACUCUUACUAUGAGAAAAUUGAGCAUAUCCACCAGUCAAUUGAGCUCAAACGCAUCAUUUCCCUCAAGAACUGCAUAUCACGAGACCCCAACGGCUGUAUCGCUAUAUCUGCUGUUUCAAAGAGAGGGAGAGAGUUUGAGGUGCCCAUUAAGGUUGCCAGGUUCUUGAGGCAAUACCCAUCAAUUUUCGAGGAGUUUACAGGCCCUAAGUACAAUCUACCUUGGUUUAGGUUAACCCAGGAAGCCAUUGAAAUUGACAGUGAAGAGAAAAGGGUGUGUGAACAAAGUAAACUGGAAAUCCUUGAGAGGUUGAAGAAGCUAGUAUUGAUGAGUAAAGAUAAGGUUUUGCCUUUCAAAAUUGUCCAAGGGAUGCUCUGGUACUUGGGGUUGCCAGAGGAUUUCUUGCACAACAUUGAGAGAAAUCUCGAUACGUCUUUUAGCAUUGUGGAGGUUGGAGACGGAUUGAAGGGAUUAGCUGUUAAUUGCGAAGGGAAAGUACUGUCUGUUCUGCAAAAGAAUGCAAUGAAUAAGGGGUUGUGCUCUGAAGACUCAACGGAUGUGAUCGAGUUCCCCCUGUUUCCAUCAAAGGGUUUAAGACUGAGAAAAAAGAUUGAUAUUUGGUUGAAAGAUUUCCAAAAGCUUCCCUAUGUUUCACCUUAUGAGGAUAUCUCAAAUUUGAAUCCAGACAGUGAUGUAGCAGAGAAGAGGGUCGUGGGGCUUCUUCAUGAAUUGCUUUCUAUAUUUGUAGAUCACUCUGCUGAACGUAAAAAGCUUUUAUGCCUUAAAAAGUAUCUAGGUUUGCCACAGAAAGUUCACAAGGCAUUUGAACGGCAUCCCCAUAUGUUUUAUUUGUCACUUAAGAGCAAAACUUGUACUGCUAUUCUGAAAGAGCCUUUCAAUGACAAGACAUCCAUUGAGAGACAUCCUCUAUUGAGUGCAAGGAAGAAGUACAUUAAGUUGAUGAAGGGCUCUCAAGUUAUAUUGAAGAACAGGAGGGUGAAUAAUAGGUAUGUUAGCAGUGGAAAGAAGAAGUUGGAUUUGGAUUUAGAUUAUGUGGAAGAAGAUACAGAUGACGUUGUUGAACGUGCUUUGUAAAUGACUUGUGAUGAUGGGCUGAUGGAAAAGAACUGCGCUGAGACAGUAAUAGCCAAUUUCACAGUUUCGUCAAAGCUGUGCUGCUGAUGAACCAGACUUCAAGUUAAAGGGGGCAUUUUAUUUUGCUCUUUAUGCAUGGUCCUCCAGCUCGUGACUGUUCUUCUAAGGUAUGGUUUUUUGUGCCUUUUAACCACAAUUCCUUGUGAUUUUUUUUUUGUAACAUAGCGUCCAACAUCUUUUGGAGUUUCUCAUAAUCACGACUUCUCUUUUUUCUAUAUUUUCUAUAAUAUGUGUGAUAGUUAAGAUUUAGCUCAUUGGACUAACAUGAGAUGCUCUCCUCUAAAAUCAAGAAAAUGUUAUUAUGAAAAAUUAGGAGAAUUGAUUGAUUGUAUGAUGUACAAUAUCAUCUCUCUUAUCAAAAGAUAUAUCUUUGGACUAAACUCCAAGGGGUUUGGCCUAGUGGCUAAGGAGGAGCUAAUGUAUCCACCCCGAUUGGGUUCAAAACCCCUUGGAGCCACCGGAGUGCCUUUGGCGUUAUUACCCGCUCCGUGCACCGCCGGGGGUUCACAGUGCCCUGGGAAUUAGUCGGGCCAAGUUCAGACACCCCGGGUCAGCCAAAAAAAAAAAAAGAAGAGAUCUUGGGACUAGUGUUAGACUUUGAGUGUGUAUGUGACAUCAAGGACAAGAAGAAUGAAAAUAUUCAUUAUAUUAGCUGUAUCAAUUAUCUUCUUUCUUGUAGGAUCUAUCAGAGGUAUAUGUUUAGAUGUUAAUUGGAGCAUUCAUGCAAUACUAUAAUAGUACUUGUCUCCUUGUC